GCGGGGCCCAGGCGGGGCCCAGAGCGGAAAGAUGGCUGAUGGGGGCAGCGACCUCAGCACCAGGGUGUCUGCAGAAGACCAGAGCGUCGAUGACAGACUCAUCUAUGAGACUGUAUUCAAACACUUCAAAAGACACAAGGUGGAGAUUUCAAAUGCAAUAAAAAAGACAUUUCCUUUCCUUGAAUGCCUCCGUGACCGUGAACUCAUCACCAAUAAAAUGUAUGAAGAUUGUCAAGAUUCUUGUAGAAACCUGGUCCCUGUACAAAGAGUGGUGUAUAACGUUCUAAAUGAGCUGGAGAAGACAUUUGACCUGCCACUUCUAGAAGCAUUGUUCAGCGAGGUCAACAUGCAAGAAUACCCUGAUUUAAAUCACAUUUAUAAGAGCUUCGAAAAUGCAAUCCAAGAAAAACUUAGUUACCAAGAAAGUGAUGGAGAAGAGGCGGUGAACAGUCCUAAUAUCCAACUGAGCCUUGAACAAGGAACUGGUGAAAACUCAUAUCGAAGCCUGACCUGGUCGUGCCCACAGUCCUCAUCUUACAACGGUACAACCCCAUCUGAAAAUGGACUCUCGGAGAACCUCUGUGAAACAGAACAGAUAAAUGCAAACAGAAAAGAUACAACGAGUGACAAAAAUGAUGCACUAGAAAGCCAAGAAGCAAAUAAAGAGUGUGCCCAAGAGUCUGAGCCAGCAGAGUCCUGUGAACAAGCACCUAUCCACGUGGAUAAUGGAGAUACAAGAGAAGAGACACCCAGCACACUGCCCUGUGAUGAAGAAAGAGUAGAGCUACCAGGCCAUGGGAUCCAAAUAAAUUCCUGUUCUGUAUAUCUGGUGGAUAUAAAGAAGGAAAAGCCAUUUUUUAACUUGACAGUUGAUCAGCAAGCACAAGCGAGGACUAACUGUAACCAGGCCUCUGACAUAAUAGUGAUCAGCAGUGACUCUGCAGAAUCCAGUGAUGGAGACGAGCCCCCAGAAGCCUCCACGUCAGCACUGGAAAAUGGACCUGUGACCAAUAACCUUGACUCAUUAGAAUCAAGGAAGAGAAAAGAGUCCCAAGAAGCUGCCUGCUCACCACUCCAUAUUACAGUAGUGAAAAAAUUUGAUGACUCUUCAGAGUCUACUGAAGAAGAAGAGCCCCCAGGAGUCUUGAGCUCAGCACUGAGAAGUGAUCCUGAUGAGGAGGAUCCUGCGGACAUUGGAAACAAAUCUAUUUGGGGGAUAAACAAUAGGAAAAGACGGAUCAGCAGUGGUGACUUUUCAGAAUUGAGCCACACGGAAGAACCUCAGGAAUCUUCUAGCUCAGACCUAAGAAGUGGGUCAGGAGCAGAGCCGCAAGGACUUGGAAAUAAGAAGUGUUCCUGUGUCAUGUGUUUUUCAAAAGGUAUGUCAAGAGGCCAAGGAACAAGGGGUAAGAGUAGCCAAGCAUCUGACAUGAUGGAUACCAUGGAUAUUGGAAACAGUUCUACUUCGGGAAAACACAAUGAGAAAAUAAAUGAUGACUCCCUGGUUUCUUUUGUUGAUAGAAGAUAUAAAUGUAAAAAAAGCAGUCUCAAAAAAGUGAGGAGAUACAAACGUAGAAUCCAAAAUCUGAGUAACAGAGCUCCAAGGAAAAGAGGCAGACCAAAAGGGAGAAAAACAGUCAACACUGGGCCUUUGAGAAGAGUCAGAAAAAGAGGUUCAAGAAUUCCCAGAGAUACAAAUAUGAAUUUUCACCUUCCAAAAGUUCCCGUGACCUGUGGAGAGGCAAAGGGGAUUUUAUAUAAGAGAAAAAUGAAAGAAGGAAUCGCGCAGAGGUGUAUAAAGGGUGAGGAUGGAAGGUGGUUCACCCUCAGGGAAUUUGAAAUUGAAGGAAACCACGGACCAUCCAAGAACUGGAAGAUGAGCGUGAGGUGUGGUGGAUUCCCCCUGAAACAGCUGAUUGAGAAUAAAUUUCUACCAGACCCACCAAGAAAAAGGAGAAGAAAGGUAAUUAUCACACCGGAAAACUCAAAUGAAUGUGAGGUGUGCGGUGGACACGGGAUGCUGUUCUGCUGUGAUACUUGUUCAAGGUCCUUUCAUGAGACAUGCCACAUCCACCCUAUAGAUGCUAAAAGGGACCCAUGGAGUUGCAUCAUCUGCAGGGUAAAAGCUAUUAAGGAAAGGUACCCACAAAGCCAGGUAUGUCACCAGGAAUCAGAGGUCCUGAAGAGGCGGAUGCUGCCUGAGGAGCAGUUGAAAUGUGAGUUUGUCCUUUUGAAGGUCUACUCCUGUUCAAAAAGCUCCUUUUUUGCCUCAAAACCGCAUUAUGGUCGAGGGGCAUCUCAUGGCCUGAAAAAGCCCAUGUGGCUAAGCAAAAUCAAGAAAAAGCUGAAUAUGAAACUGUACAUCCGAGUGGAGGGGUUUGUGCAGGACAUGAGCCUCAUCUUUCAGAACCACAGGGCAUUUUACAAGAACAACCAGAAAUUCAUCAGACUGGGAAGUCAAGUAGAGGACGUAUUUCAGAAUAAUUUCAGAAAGACCUUUGCAAUUCAGGAAAGAAGCGAAAACAGUUCUCAGUCGGAGCCCCCUCUUUUAUAA